UCAACAGUUUUCACCAACACAAUUAUUAUUUUUUUUACAACGCAUGAAACAAGAAUUUUUACAACGAUUUUUCAAUAGUAAAAUAGUCAAGAAAAUUAUUAAAUUUUGCAGAAAAAUACAAUUUAAGUGCUAAAGUUUAUGGAAAAAUAAAGUAACAGAAGAAAAUCCAAAUAUAAAUAGCCAAAAAAUUGUUUUAAAAAAUAUAAUUGUAAGGUGUUUGUAAGUGAAAAAAAGAGAAGAAAAAAAAAAACGGGCAAAAGAAUGCAAAAUGAAAAAAAGAAAACCACGAAAGCAAACGCAGAGUAGUGAAAAAAACAUUAAAUUUUUGCCACUGCCGUCCAUACUACAGCCACAACAACUAAUACAAUAAUAACAACAAUAAAUAUUUUUUAAUGGAGUCAAAAAGUAGCUGCAGCAGCACAAAUACAAAGGGGCUGUAGUGGAGAAAAAGUUAAGAAGGCACCUGUCGCGGGAGUUAGUUAUUCGUCAUCAUCAACAGAGACGUUACAACAAUAACAUUAUUAUUAUUAUUAUUAUUAUUGCUAUGAUAUACAACAGCAAUAACGUUAAAAAUAUGUACAAUAGUUACCAACAACAAAAAGAAGUGUGAAUAUUUGUUAUAAAAAAGAAAAUCUUAUUAAUUACUCCAAAUACCAAUAAAAACGAAAAAGAAAAUACAGAAAAUGAUAAACAAGUUUAAAAAUACCUAAUAAAAGAUAUAUAACAACAUCAAAAUACACAAUUAUCUAAAUAAACAAAUAUAAUGUUUACUAAAAAAUCUCAUGCCGAUAUUAAAAAAUCCACUGCGAAAUUGCAGGAUUGCAAAAAGGAUUCAGCAUCACGUUUACGUCAUUUACGUACUAUUUUAGAUAAUGUGGAUCAUGAAGAUGCCAAGUCCCUAUUCGAAACAAAUUUUAGCCAUGUUUAUUUUAUACUCUAUGACACAUUCAUACAAGCGGAAGCAAAUUUAAAACAAAAAGAACUUCCGUUUCACAUUGUUCACAAAGCCCAUCGUGAAGAAUUGGACGGUUCACUAUGGCUAUUGGAGAAAAUUCUAUGUUUACUGCCAGAGUUGCUGGCUCGACGCUGGCAGUGUCACUCACUCAGUCGUAUUAUGGGCAAACUCUUACAUUUGGGAAAUUCGCCAAAAUUGAGAAAGGAAGGAGUGCGUUACUUUCUCCUCUGGUAUCAGGCGCUGGGUGAAAAUGCUCCCGCCUAUGUUCACAACAUGUAUGCCGAUUUAAUACCCGGACUUAUAGUCCCUCAGAAGGGUAUACAAGGUCCAGAUGUUGAAUUCAAUACAGCAGAUUUUCUCAAUCAUCCCAAUAUGAAAGUGGAAGGCAGUACAACAUCAGUAUUUCACGAUAGCUACUCACAUCCCGUACAAAGUUCAGAGUUAAUAGCUCUACUGCCACCAUCGUCUAGUGAGAAAUCAUCGCCCCCAGAUCCGACCAGUGGUCUAGAGAUAUUACUCAAUAGUAUGGUACAAACGGCAGCCUGCUUAAAGUGGCGCGAUAAUCAUGCACAAAAAGAUCACAAGGCUUUUGCAUUUUUGCUGCAACGUUUCAAAGAAGUUUUUCUACCAGUAUUUUGUCCCAAUUUUGAUUUUAAUAUGUCGGUCUAUGAACCGCGUUUAGAUUUGCCCACAAUGAGAUCGAUUAAUAAAAAGGAUGAGGUAAUGGCACCUUGUGUGGUGGUCUUAAUAAAUUGGUUGUCACGUUUUACUCACGAGCGUUUGCUGCAACAUCGUUUGGAUAAUGUUCAUAUAGCUGAGGCAGCAGAUCAUGUGCGUUUGCAUGCUUAUCAACAGGCUCUAAUUGUAAGAGAUGUCCUGUAUGCCACCAGAGAGAAUGUUAAUUUCAUACAUGAAGUUUAUCGCCAGGCAUUUUUAUUAAAUUUUACUUCGAAAGCUCAAAUUGAUGCUAUACGUUGUUCUAUAGCUGUCUAUCGCGACUGGAUGACGGGAAAUACUCCACCACCCUUUCUCUUGGAACCAGAAGAAAGUGGAGGUACAGCUUUGCAGCAGCAACAACAGCAAAAUAAUGCCAAUGCCGGUGGCACACCAAAAUCAAAUUUGCGUUUAAGAAAUCCCUCUUAUGUGGGAGCCAUGUCUAAGGAAAACAUCGGGGUAAGAGCAGGUCUUCAGAAUAUUUUACAAAUAUUUGUUACCAAUGCAGCCAAUGUAUUUUUGGUCAACACUAGUAACCUAAACAUAUAUUUUCCCACAAAAUCACGAGAAUACCGUUCAACGCCUUUGCAUGAACAAACCGAGAUCUGUAAGAAAGUAUUGAAUGUUUAUCGUACUAUGGUUAUGAAUACCCCUAUGGAUCCCAGAACUUGGGAGCAAUUAUUAUUAGUUUUGCUGCAAGUCACAUCGGUGGUUUUGCAUCAGCAUCCACCACAAGCUUCGAAAAGUUCCAGUUUAGGCGGCAUUUUGGGUCAAGCCAUAUUCCAAACACUCAUAGUCACUUGGAUAAGGGCUCACACUAAUGUGCCAGUUAAUGUGCAAUUAUGGGAAAAGUUUUUAACUGUCUUGACCUCCUUAACGCAUCGUGAUGAACUGAUUAUAGAAUGGGACAAGACCAUACAAACUUUAACACGUGUCUUUUCGCGUUAUGUCUACUCAUUAAACUUACAAGAUUUGCCUUUAGAUCGUUUGGCCGAAUCGAAGGGUAAACGGCGUAGACCUGGUGUAUGGCAACAAACAUCAUCGGUUUCUAAUGGUUCGGUAACAAAAGAUAGAGAGCACAAAGAACAAAAUCAGCAGGAGAGAGCUUCUACCAACAGUCGUUCAGAGGAAAAUUCUCAAUCCACAAUUGGCAGACAUGGUGGUUCGGUGGGUCAAGGUCAAAAGCUGUCAGUUGGCCAACGCUAUCCGGUUACACCAAUAAUGAGCCGUAGCUAUAGUGAGGGUAGUUUACCUUCUAUGCCACGCACACCCAGAUUUCGAACAAAACAUCGACAUCUAAAGCCUCCCACGAAUUUACCUUCUAGUGUGGAAAAUUCUCUUAAUACCAUGAUACAUCAGAGUUCCAAUUCUCCGGAGUUGUUGGAAAAUGUUCAAUUAAAUUGCAAUGUCUCACAAAAUAAUGAUAUGCGUCGGGCUAUGUCUUUAGACUCGUUGGCCACUUUAAAACGUUCGAGAAAAUCGAGAAGGUUUCGAAGAAAUACCCACAAUCAGGAUGAUAUUGAUGACAUAGACGGCGCUGAUGAUGAUAGUGACGAUUCACGCUCUCCUUCGCCUACCGCUAGCAGUGGCAUAGAGGGAGGUUCCAUUAAAGAUGCUCAAAUUCAAAUAGAUGUUCUAGCGGUUGAUAGUGGCGGAAGUCUGGGAGAAAGUGAGGGUAAUUCGGGAAAUUACCAAACAGAGCGAAGAUCUAUUAUACUAGGUGGCACAGCUACUGGUUGGUUGCCCGAUUCAACAGCAAUUAUGUGGAAACGUAUGUUGGGUGCAUUAGGCGAUGUAAAUCGCAUACCCAAAACUGAUUUGCAUGCUCAAGUUUUCAAGCAUUUACUGGACAUGACACUGAAUUUGAUAAAAAUCAAACAAAAUCAAGGCAUUUCAACAGACAAUCAACAAACACCGCCACCACCAGCAUUGGUGCCACCCAUUGGUAUUGUAGCUCCUUGGUGUUAUGGUGCAUUACAACUAGACAAGUCUUUCAAAAGAGGCAAACUAUGGGCUGUACAAUUGUUGUGUACUUUAACUGUCAAUGGAGCUGUAACUGGCAUGCAACAUCUGCCCUUAUUCUACUGUGCUCUACAUCGUUUAUUGACGGGAGAAGAUCGCGAAUUAAUAUAUGCUGCUUUGAAAUAUCUAGAAGGCCCCAGAUUUCUAAGUUUACUACUGCCGGGACACACUCUGCUGCUAUUGGAUAUUGUGCAUGCUUCAGCUAUUUUGUUGACUUCUUUGGAAGCUAGCCGUUUGACACCCCGGGCUGAAGUAGCUGCCUUAUUGGGUACGCUGUUAUGUUAUCCUUCUACUUUGUUGCCACGUCCAUUGCUACAACCCACCCCCCAGCAAUUUGAGCUAAUGGAAUGCGCAGACUUACAAGAUCAUAUUUUAAACAUAGUGUUGCGCUGCGCACGUCGAGAGCCUUCUGCAAAGGCAAGAUGCAUUGCUUUGUCACAGUUGGGUCAAUGGAUUCUUAUGAAAUUGUCACAUCCACUAGCGGCCAGAGGUAGCAGUGCUAAUUCAAAAUUCCAACAGGCUAUACCUCAUUCUAAAGGCCAACAAUUAAAGGAUGAUCACCGACAAUAUUACAAUCCUCGUAUCAAAGAGGGUUUACAAGUCUUGCUGCAAGCAUUACAAUUUAAACAUCGCACCAUUGCUAUGGUAGCUGUGGAUUCUUUAAAGCUGUGCAUGGAAAGGGGAAGAGAAUUGGCCUCAAUUGAGCGAAUGCCACAAUUAAUAAUCACAGCUAUUUGUAAAGCCUUGGAAAUACAAAAUGUAACAAAUCCCAAAGAUUCAGAUAAGGUGGUUUUAACUUCCUUAAUGUUAUGUUUAGGAGAAUAUUGUUUGGCUUUCCCCUCAGCCAUUAUGCUGGAGCCGAUUAAUGAUAGGGGAGAUACUUUGGUCCUUAUGGUACUAAGAGUACUCUUACAAAUCGCCUCCGGGGCACCCAAACAUGAAAGGGUAAAAUUAACAGCUGACGAUGACUUUGAUAUGCAUAUAGCCAGCGAUGAUCUACACGAUGAUGGUAAAUUGCCCGAAGAUAAUUACCAGACUUCAGAAACUAUACAAGCCUGCAUAACUGCAAUAAGACUGUGUGCUAAGGCUGUGGCUAUGCACUUGGUAACUAAUUUGGGUCAUUUUCCCAUGGGUAUUGGAGCGGCACGCUUAAGUUCUAUGGUCGAGGAACAAGAUGAUGUGAAUGGUUAUAAUGGUUGCGUUACGACCGCAGGAAAUCAACAAAAUUCCGUAAAUAGUGCUGAUCUAAGACGGGAUUCCGUGGAAUUGCCCUCAAUUUUACAUGCUCAAAAUAUGCAAUUGUUUAUGCUGAAUCCUGGUCUAGUGGCCAGUUUUAUCGAAUUGCCUACGCUUAAAUUGCCGGGUGGUGGUGUUACUGCUGGUUUGGUGACAGCCGAAAAACAAGUUCGAGUUCUGCUGCGCGAUUUGAAUGGCAAGGCCUGUUGGGAUGCUUCUAUAUUGUACAGUGAGCCGAAACGUGAAUGCCCGAAGAUGGAUGGCUAUGGACCUUCCUCGAUCGAUUGUAGAGGUUAUAGUCCGGCACACUCUCAUCGCUACAAUCAGGUUCAACCGAUGGAUUCCUUAAUGCAUUCAAUGCAGGGUAUGGAUAUAUCACCACCACGUCAUACUUUGAGACAUAGACCUUUGGGCGAGUUACCAUUAGCUAAGGAUUUAGCACCGGAUCUAGAUCAAUUGGACGAUCUAUUGGGUUAUAUAGGACAUACCAGCCCCGAGUGUUUACCUUACCCGGUGGCUCAGUUAAAUGCACCUGCACCUUCUCCUCUGGGAAGUAAUGCUGAGGCCCAAGCUAUAUCAGUGAUAUUGAAUCAACGAGCCUUGGAACAGGAAUUCGUAGCUAAUAUCAAUCAACAAGCCUUACAACAGCCAUUGCCUGGCAGUUCAACUCCCUCAAUUGUGGCUGGCCACGACACGCGUUCACUGCAUUCAAUGCACGAGCCAAUUUCACACAAUUCCUUUGAGUCCUACCACUCAACGAGUUUGAAUGGUCGCAAUGAAAUACCAUUCCAAUAUUGUCGCUUGCUCUUCUCUCAUCUGGGCUUAGCAGGUUGGGAGCGACGUUCCCGAACUCAUUUGCUGCAACGUACCGAGAAGCUAUUGCGUGAAUUGCGCAAUGUAGACUUGCAAAAAUGCCGUGAAACUCAUAAGAUGGCGGUUAUUUAUGUAGCCUCUGGUCAGGAGGAUAAGAACAGUAUUUUACGAAAUGCCAGUGGCAGCACAAUGUAUGAAAUGUUUGUUUCCGCCUUGGGUUGGGAAAUAGAUUUGGAGACUCAUAACGGUUUUUUGGGUGGUCUGCCAAGACAAGGCUGCGGUGCUACGGCACCCUAUUAUGCUACACCAUUUUUAGAGGUUAUCUAUCAUGUGGCCACACGCAUGCCUUCAGAUUCACCUGAAGCAAUUCUACUUAAAACCAGACAUUUGGGAAAUGAUGAAGUGCACAUUGUAUGGAGCGAACAUUCGCGCGAUUAUCGUCGUGAUAUUUUGCCAACAGAAUUUUGUGAUGUUCUUAUUGUGGUGUAUCCCUUGAAGAAUGGUUUAUUCCGUGUAACGGUCAAUCGUAAACCGGAAGUACCAUGGUUUGGUCCCUUGGCCAAUGAGAGUGUGGUUAGUGGUGCUUGUCUGGCAACAUUGAUACGAGCAACCGCUAUUAAUGCUAGUCGCACUAAAAGAGCUGCUCUACCUUUAUAUCAGCAAUAUUAUGAAGAACGAAAUCGUUCUUUAGAUAGUGUUUCUUCUAGAUAUAAAGAGAGCACUACAUUUGAGGACUUUGCUAAUCGUAUUUACAAUCCAAUGCCCAUGUCUGCAUAUGCUACUCUCAGAGAUACUACCAACAAUUCAGCUCCAUUGGCUGCAGCUUUAAUUGAUCAUCAGCGAUCUUCGGUGAAGGGUUGGGUACAGGCUUCAAUUGAUGCAAAUAUGAAAGAAAUUCCCUUGGGUAUAAUGCCUUCUGUUUCCGCCUCCUCGACAGCAGCUAUGGAAGCCAUGAAUUCUUCAAAUUCACCUAGAGGUGCUCGAAAACUAGGCUCCACCUUUAAGGGUGGACCGAAACGUCUGCAUACGGGAAAUCAUACCACACCACCAGAGAGUCCCACUUUACCAUUGCGCAAAUUUAAAUAAUACAUAGUAUUUUAUAGCUAGGAACGACCCCAAUACUAAUAAUUAUUAACAUUAACAUUAAGAAAAAACAUAAAUACAAUAACACUCAUAUUAAAUGUAGUGUUUCCAAAACAAUGUUACAACAAACCAACAACAAAUAAUUCUACUUAAAACAGCGAAAAGUAAACAAAAAGUUAAUUGCUAUUAAAAGUUAAGAAAUAUUUAAACAGACAUACACAAUAUUGCAAACAAUCAAUAACGAAUCAAAUUCAUUCCUUUUUUUUAAAUAACACGAGUGAGCAAAAUAAUAUAUAAAAAUGCGCAUUUGAAUAAUUAAAAAAAAAAAAAAUAAUAAUAAUUAUGUCUGCAAAGUCAACGAAGCGCAUUUCUUUUAUAGGCAUUUUAUGAUUAUUUAUUCGUUUUUUAUUUAACUUUUGUUUGUUUUUAAUUUAACACAAAACACAUUAUAAAAAAUAUUAUAAAUUUAUAUUUAAAUUAUUUACAUCAUAUAAAGUAUUUAUUUAUCUCUAGUUAUUUACUACAUUUGUUUUAAUGUUAUAAUAUUUCUCUCUUAUUUUUGUUUAUUUAAAUCUCCUACUAUUACUAUUUUCUUGCAUAAGUUUAAUUUAUUAAUAUUUCUUUUAACUCUCUUCAUUUUUUUUAAUGUCUUGUAACAAUAUUUGUUUUUAAUUAAUUACAAAAUGAUAUUUUUUUUUAUAGAAUUCAACUUUUAAAUAUGAAUUUUUUUCUCAUUCUUAGAAAAGAUUUAAGUGGUUGUCAUAUGAAUGUAUAUGGAAUAAUAGAUUUUAAUGAGAAAACUAUGGAUUAGAUGAGUGAAACUGGAGUAAUGUUUCAAAAGCAUUUUAGAUUUAAAAUUCUAUAUUUCGAAAUGACUCUUUGUUAUUAAAGAAAUUCAAAUUUAAAUAUUUUAUUUUCAGAGGAUUAAUUUUUUUUUUUGCAAAUCUUGUGUGAAUUAAAAUUUUUUGUUUCGUAUUUUCGUUAAAUUUCGUUUUUUUUUUGUGUUUUUAUACAAUUUCCUUAUUGUUUCUUAAAAAUAAAUAUUUUUUUGAUAUUUUCGAAUUUUUUCGAACAUUACAAAAUUCCUUAUAUAAAGCCUAUAAAACGUUUAAAAUACAUAAGAAUAUUAAAAUAUAU